AUGUGCAGGAAUAAAUCGGUUUGUCUUCUGAAACGGGACUGGAAAGAUGGUCGGCAAUUAUUCAGAACCGAGGAGCACAUAGUGGCCAUCGAGGUUAUGACUUUUGACAACAGUAUCAUGGUGAUAUGUUGCGACAAAACAUUGUCUUGUUUUAGUAAAAAGGGAAAGAAACAAUGGUGGCUAAGAUUGGAUCAUCGGCCAGUGUCCAUGACUCAAGUUCCAGUGACCCACCUUGGAAUCACACUGAUAGCGGUGGCUUUGGACUCCGGACAUGUGCAUUUGUACGACGGAAAAGCUAAGAGGGACACAUUGUUCAUAAGAGAUGUGGCGUCAUCUAUAAAAUUCGGUCAGCUUGGCCGUGAAGAGCACGUGCUAAUUAUCAUUACAUCUAGUGGAAACCUCAUGUUGAAGAUAUUGAAGCGUACGGCAAAUUUCAAUGCUCACGCAGCUGGUAUCGAGACAAGUGACAGUAUAUCCAUCGGGCUGAAGCCCUGGCACAUUCCGAAGAAGUCGAAAUUGUUUCUGGAACAAUCUCUGCGGGAGAGGGAAAAUGCAAAGGCGAUGCACGAGACAUUCCAGCACGAGCUGAGUAGACUUCGUCUUGUGGCGAGUAAGACUCUGCUUGAAGCUUACUGCAAGAGUGACAAUGCGAUGGGUCUCGGUGUUCUGGAGCCCGUUCGGUUGUCUGCUGAGGUACAAGGACUCGGUCCGGUGUUCCGAAUGUCACUCUUCGUAGAAAAUACGUCGAAGGAUAAAGCUGUCAUCGGUUUGUCAAUACUCUUUCACGUUUAUUCCACGAACUACAAGGUCCACAAUCCCUAUAUUAAGAUACCUCUUCUAACACCCGGUAGCAAGAUGAAGUUCCCAAAUAAAGUGGAAGAAGUCUUCACAAAUAAUAUAAGCCCCGAUGUAUUUUUUCGGACAGUCACGGGUCAAACGAAGGGGUCUCUCAUAAAAGUGCUCCUUUUGAAGGACGGGAAGUCGAAUCCAGUACUCGCUGCGACUGUCCAAAUGCCCCCCACCGAUCCCAUGAUGAUACCUUACGACAAAAUUCAAGCCCUUUCCGACUUCGAAGAUGGCGCCACUGUUAAUUAUAAUAAUUAUAUCUUAAACGUUAUAGAAUAA